GGCCGCCACCAUUCCCCUCCCAACUCGCGUUUCGUUUCGUUUCGUUUCCCCUCAUCAAAACCCCAACCCCUAGCAACCAGGAUGGCCCACUUCGCCGGCUUCUCCGCCUCCGCCGACGACGGAUUCUGGACGGCGUGCCCGCACUGCUGCUACGUCCACUCCUUCCCGCGUCUUUACGUCGCCCGCCGCCUCCUCUGCCCCGUCGCUACAUGCCGCCGCGUCUUCUCCGCCGACGAGCUCCCCUCCCCGCCGCCCAUCGUCCCCGGCACCGACAUGUACUUCUGCACCUGGGCCUUCUUCCCGCUCGGUCCGCCCGCUGUCGCUCAAGGCUGGGCCCCAUUCACCCCUUUCAACCCCGCUCCGCCUCCAUCCCCAUCCCCCACCCCAAACCCUACCGCCGCCACCGCCACGCCCGCCUCUGCCAUUCCAUCCCGCGUGAGACCCACCUCCAGGAAGAAGGUUGGCGUGUGCCUCAAGGGCAGAGCCCGCGUCGAGGCGGAGGAGGAGGAAGAGGAGGAGGAGAAGACGUCCACCGUCGCCAACCUCAAGGCCGACGAGGAGGUGCAGAUGGAUUGGCUGAGCCUUGGCAGCAAUGGCGACAGCGGAAUCAACAUCAACGAAUCCGUGGAUCUGAGUGAGCUGGGAUUCCGCAUUGACGAGACGGGAUUCCUCCAGGAGCUACCCUGAUCAUCCCCGUGCUAUACUAACUGCUAAAAAUUGGGACUCGGAUGCUCAAAGACAAUGCAGGAUCGAUGCAUCUUCUUUUGUAUGCGCAUGUUCAGUACCUGAUGGAAGUGUAGGAUUUUAGCUGUCUUUGUUAACGAUGAAGAUCGUGGCCGCGGAAAAUGCCAAAUGUGGCUCCUUUUGUAGUGUAUUGGAUGCUCAAAGACAAUGCAGGAUCGAUGCAUCUUGUUUUGUAUGUGCCUGUUUUCAUCUGAUGAUAUGCAGGGUGUCCUCUGGUUUAA